CAGCACUGAGAUUGCAGGCUCUUGUACCAUCCUGUUCCGACCAUCUGGUACUUCGUACCAAUUACACUCGUUUUUUUUUUUUUUUGCGAGGCGGCACUUAUACACCAGUGUUUUGUGAUGGCCCUGUGCAGCGCUUAGAUCAGAAAAAAAAGAUCAAACACAUCCUUUUGUCUGCCUAGUCGAAAGCCACGAAACACACGAAGAAGCAGCACUAGAAACACGCGACAAAUCCUCAAAUAGACCGCCGCAUCUCGAGUCCGAGCUUUAGUUUUGGCCUAGGGUUAUACUAGCAAGCAGUAUUUUGCACACGCAGCCAGCCUUUUAACGUCGUCGAGGCAAACUCCGGCAGGCCGGCUGUCAGAGUUGAUACUCGCUUGAAGCAUUCCCAGAUUCUGUUUAGGGCAUACUGGUCUCAUCCUGCGCCCCCUUUCUUUUUGUCCAGAUCUUGUCUCAUUAAGUAGGCUGCAACUCUUGUUGAGUAACAAUGGAGGCGUCUCCGACGCGGCAUGGCCUUAGGGGUCUCCUCUUUCUUUUCUUGGUCUUUGUACUACAAGCCCAGGCUUUCUAUAUACCAGGAUGGUCCAUAAAAAGCUACAAGAACGAAGAAAAUAUACCAUUACUCGUCAACAAGGUCUAUUCGGAUCACACGCAACUGCAGUUCGCCUACUAUGACCUUCCAUUCGUUUGCCCUCCUACGGGAGCCCGCCACGGUGGCCUUCUCAGCGGCCAGACCAUCUCUCUCAACCUCGGCGAGGUCCUCCGUGGCGAUCGCAUCGCCUAUUCGGAUAUGCAACUCGACAUGAUGCAGGACCGCCCUUGCAACUUCCUUUGCAAUGCGGAAGUCAGCAAGAAAGACCUUGGAAGGGCCGUCGAGAUGGUGCGUGAUGGCUACGUGGUAGAAUGGAUUGUCGACAACCUCCCAGGCGCAACAUCAUUCGUAACCGUCGACAAGUCCCGCAAGUACUACGCCUCGGGUUUCAAGUUGGGCUUCACGGACCAGUCUACCGGGAGACCUCAUUACUUCAUCAACAACCACCACACCAUCGUGAUCCGCUAUCGGAAUGCCCCUGGAAAGGCCGGCGAGCGUGGCGGCAAGGUCAUUGUUGCUUUCGAGGUGUACCCGAAGAGCAUUGGUCCGAACGUGCACAGGGAUGAGAGCGGCUGCCCAGCCAACAUGCACAAGGUCGACCAGAAUUUUGAGCUUUACAUGCACCCUAAUCACACUGCCAGCAUCGGCGGCGAUCUGGAGCAAAAGUCGUACCGCCCGGCUGAGGAGGAGGCUCUUGACGAGGACAAGAUGGUCAUCCCCUAUACUUACUCGGUCUACUUCCGUGAAGACAACUCAAUCGAGUGGAACAAGCGGUGGGAUUUGUACUUUGUCAACCAGGAAGAGGGGUCGCGGAUCCAUUGGCUCGCCAUUGUGAAUUCCCUCAUCAUCUGCGGUCUCCUGACGGCCGUGACCAUGAUGAUCCUUGCCAAGACGAUCCGAACCGACAUCAAGGGCUACAAGGACUUGGCCGAGGAGGGCAAAUCUCGUCUGCUUCGCAAGGUUUCUGAAAAGCUACGUAGCCCUCCCCGGUCGCCCAAGGCCGGCGAGAAGACUGGCGGCUUGCUCGAACAGGAGACUGCAGUAGACGCCGAUGUGCUCUCUGACGACGAGGCGAUUGAAGACAUUACUGGGUGGAAGCUGCUUCAAGGUGACGUGUUCCGCUCGCCUACGUUUGGAUUCCUUCUCGCACCCCUUGUCGGAUCCGGAAUGCAGCUUCUGUUCAUGGCUGUUGGGCUGGUUGUCCUCAGUGCUCUUGGAGUGCUUAACCCUAGCUUCCGCGGAGGUUUCGUGAGCUUUGGUGUUGGCCUUUUUGUCUUUGCUGGAAUUUUUGCUGGAUACUUCUCGGCUCGCGUGUUCCGCACUUUUGACGGCAAGGACUGGCGGCGCAACUCGCUCAUCACGGCGCUCUUGAUUCCCGGCCUCUUGUUCGGAGCUAUCUUUACCGUGAACCUCUUCGUCUGGGCACAAGCGUCCAGCACAGCCAUCCCUUUUGGCACCCUACUUGCCCUGCUUUUCCUGUGGCUUUGCAUCCAACUGCCCCUGGUAUACGUCGGAUCAUGGUACGGCUACGUUCGCGCGGGACCAUGGGAGCAUCCUACCAAGACGGUUGUGACUAUACCCCGGCAGGUUCCUCGCCAGCCUUGGUACAUCCAGGGGAUGCCCUCGAUUCUAUUCGCUGGCUUGAUUCCUUUUGCCGUCAUAUUUAUCGAACUUUUGUUCGUGUUCCAGUCCGUUUGGCAGGACAAGAGCGGUUAUUACUACGUAUUUGGGUUCCUGGCCAUGGUCUCGCUCAUCUUGGUCGUGACGGUGGCCGAGGUGACAGUGGUGACCAUUUACGUGCAGUUGUGCUUUGAGAAUUACAACUGGUGGUGGCAAGCCUUUUUCCAGGGCGGCGGCAGUGCAGUUUGGAUCUUCCUGUACUGCAUCUGGUACUACUUUGCCAAGCUUCACAUCACCGGGUUCGUCAGCAGCAUGUUGUUCUUCAGCUACAGCUUCAUGGCGUGCUGCGUGUACGGACUUUUGACGGGAACCAUUGGAUUCUUGAGUGCUUAUGCAUUUGUCAGGCGUAUAUAUGGGGCCAUCAAGGUGGACUAAAGAAGAACUGACUCUUAUUGGAGUGGACGUUGGAUUCUGCAAGGCUUGCGAACAAACAACAGUUUUGAAAAAAAAAAAAUGACAUGGACGAACAAAGACCGAGAACAUAUGGUACACUGAACAUACACGGCAUGGCUUCUCCUUAAGCACCACGAUGCUUGGCAUGUAUGCACCUCUCCACGAGAGUGGUGUGGCAUAUAUUGUCUAAUACAUCAUACGCACACCCGCCGUCUUAUUGUAGCGACUGGGGAACGUACGAGCAUAAAUGAAGGUUACUUUUGGAAGAUGAUAAAUGGGUUUUCUUAUAUUUCUGUUUCUUGUUUCACCGGAUCAAGUGAGGGAAGGGUAUUUGGUCAUCUCAUAGUUUGGCGAGGCGCAAAUUAGUAGUGUAGCUUGGUCUGAGAUACCUUACUUAUAUAUAUUGAUCUUGACAGUAUA